AUGCGCUGCGGUCGACAAUGCUUCAGAUCCUCCAGUUGGGUGGUCUUUCUCUUCGCUGCUCUGUUGCUAAUUUCAGCAGACAUGCUUGAAGUGCGGGCAUUCCAGCCGAGAAAUCCGGAAAGAAGGACAUCGGAAACCGCGAAUGAUCAUUCCAUUCCAGCACACCCCACCAGUGAUGAUUUCUCGCGACGACAAGCUUUGAUAUCGACGGCUUCCACAUUCAUGGCAGGACUUUAUCCGAUGCCUUCCACUGCAGGCUUGUUGUUUUCAGAGCCACCGAAACGACAACUGGAACUCUGCAUUGUCUCGCUCCUUCGCAUCGAGUACUGGGCAUUGAAGGCAUCCAAAGACUUGCAAAGUGACAACCCAGAUAUCCGAAAACAACGGUAUCUGGAAGCUAGGUUGGCCAGCAAAGCCUUGGUUACUGGGAAAAUUGGUGGAGGAGCCAACUAUCAAGUAUUCACAAUGAAUAGUCUGCAGCUCAAGGAUACUCUCCGUGAUUUAGUCAGUUAUGCUAGUAUGGACCUAGGAAAAGAGGAGCGACGCCGAGCGCAAGAUUUGCAGACCGAGCUGGUGGAAUCUUUUGCAUCCGUGGUAGAAUUUGACGGACUCGACGGCACCUUGGACGGAUCGCCUCGAUCUUCCCUUACCAUAACCAUGUACACAGAGAACAAAGCAACCUUUGUCAGGCGCACCUUGACCGAAAAGGUGGUUCCCACCACUCAGGCAUUGAUUCGCUUGUUUGGGCCAGACGUUGAAGCUCGUUGUGUAGCCUACGUCCAAACGACAUAUAAAGACGAGCUCCCAGUAAUAGACCAGCCAACGCCUCAAGACAGUGCAUCCACUGCCAUUUAG